AUGAGUGGUGUUCAACCGACAGAAAUCGAGAUGCAAUUAAAUGACAACCAACCACAACCAACACAAAAAAAUCAAGUAAACGUAUUAGAUCCUAAUGAACUUAUGAAACCAUUACUUGCCAGUAUCUCUCCCAUUGGCUUAUGCCUAAUUUAUCUUGGAUUCCUUGCUCUUGUAGGGAUAUCUCUUGGACUAUCUUCUAUUGCACCCUCAAUGUACAUACAAGAAAGUAUUGGUACAUGGCAGUGUAAUAAUAGUACUAUUACUUCAUUUGAUGCAAACAAUUGUACUGGUCAAAAUUUAAUGAACAACGCACAAGUCAAAGGUCCAUUAGGUAUUUAUAAGAUAGGCCCAUUCUCUAUAUUAAAUAGAGAAUUUACAUUAAAUGGGAAAUUUAAAAAUAACUUAAAGUAUGGAUAUUUUAAAAAACAAAUUUUUGCUGAAGUAGGCAUUUAUACACCAUCAAAAGAUAAUGGUGAUAAUCCUCUUAUAGUAGAAGAAAAGACAAGAGAAUUUAUAGUAGAAUGUUUAAGUGGAGAAGAUUAUUGUAACUCAUUACCUAUUUAUGAAGAGUCAUUUACAAAUAAUUCAGAGUAUCUAAUUAGUAUUCAAUUUAUAAGUAGUAAAUUUAAUGAAACUGAUGUAGGAGAAUUUGUACUAGAACUAUCAGCAAUAUCAAGUCAUUAUACACUUUUUGAAUUAUGUUGGAAAUUUGUAUUUAUUUUCUAUUCAUGUAUUAUUGUUGGUAUUUACUUAUUCAUAUUUAGAACUUUUAUAUUUAAAACAUGGAUUUUUGAGGUUAAAUGGACAUUUAUUUUAUUAAUUAUUUUAGUAAUACAAAAUAAUCCUAUUUAUUCUUAUCAGUACACACUUGACACUUUUAUUCCAGAAUUAAUUAAUGUAACAGUUUAUUCAUUAUUCUAUGUAUUCUUAUUAUUCUAUGUCUUAAUUACUUUUGAAUUUUAUAGAUAUGGUAAAGGUACCAAACAAAUAAAAUAUUGGAUUCCUCGAAUAAUAUUCUUUUUGUUCUUUUUUGCUGCUGUUGAAUUAGUAUUUGUUUAUAAUAAAAGUGUUGGUUUAUCAGAUCCUUAUUAUAAUCCUUUAAAAGAUAUUACUAGUCUGGUAAUGGCAGUAAUUGCAUUAAUUUUUGUCAUUGCAUAUAUUUUCUGGCUUAUUUAUAUUUUAAUUCGAAGUUUUAGUGAUGGAAUUAAAUUAGGUAAAACAAAACGAAAACUUCGUCUAUUCGGUGGACUUACUAUGAUAUCAAUGAUGAUAUUUUUUAUGAUGCUAGCCCUUUCAUUCUUCUUUGGCAACCAACAAACACUUUCUAUUUCUUUAACAACAACAGCGUUCGUUAAUUUCUUCUGCACUUUAUUAGUUGUAAUUAAUAUCCCUCACCAAGGAGAAGAAAGUGCAAUUUGGUCUGAAGAACGUUCCAAAGUUAUUGCUGUUGAUGACUUAUUAGUUUAUAAACAAUUACCAGAUGAUGUUGUUUCUGAAUUAUCUUAUGAUGGUAAUGAUGAUAAACAUUUCUCUGAUUUAGAACACCAACAACAAAAUAGAUCAAAUCACUCAAAUGAAGCUGUGUUGUAUGAUGGUUCUGAAGCAAUAGAACUUUAA